GCUGAGUUGAAGCGCACCAGUACGAAGUGCGCAGCAGCGACUGCACCGCUGAAACUUGGAUGACAGGGGUUUUUUGAAGCCGUCGAUGAGCGCGUUUGAAGCGGUGCCUUUUUGGUGAAGAUAAGGGGAUCGAGCUCUACCUGUGGUCCCCGCCUUCCGCCAGUCGGAUCAAUAUGAAAGUCCUGAUUUGUGUGAUCGCGCUGACCUUCGCGGCGAGGUCUGCACUCGGAGGUGGCAAGUUUGAUGAACCAUGUGACGGCUUGGACUGCAGCAGAGGGUGCAGGUGCUUUCCAGAGAAAGGAAGCAGGGGUCGUCCAGGAACUCUCGGUGAAGUUGGACCGUCUGGACAGGAUGGGCCACGUGGGGUCCUUGGGCCUUCUGGGCCAAAAGGAGAGAAGGGCCACCUUGGGCUGAAAGGACCGUCGGGUCCAAAGGGAGACAAAGGACCAAUGGGAGUGCCUGGAUUCCAAGGAAGUGAUGGUGUGCCUGGUCACCCUGGUCAGCCGGGCAGCAGAGGACCACCGGGACUGGAUGGCUGUAACGGGACCAGAGGAGAUCCUGGAGAUCCCGGCUUUGGGAGGGGAUACCCUGGCACCAGUGGAUUUCCUGGGCUGAGUGGGCCCAAGGGUCAGAAAGGAGAGCCUGUAUUCAUCUCGGAGAAUGCUGCCAUACAGGGUCCCUCGGGUGACCCAGGAACCCCUGGCCCACCUGGUUUACAAGGUCUUUAUGGUCCAGUCGGUUUUCCUGGUCCCGAAGGACCUGAAGGAUACCCAGGCCCACCAGGUCCUCCCGGUCCCCCAGGGCCAAUGGGGAGCCGUAGUGACGCAUCUCAAGGAGAGAAAGGAGACAAGGGUGACGUGGGUCUUCCCGGACCCAGGGGUAGUCCCGGCGACACGUCGCUAAGCGGCCCAAAAACACUCACUAUCUACAAAGGAGAUAAGGGUGACCCCGGUCCAAAGGGAACUAAAGGAUACCCUGGAAUACCCGGCCUACCUGGACCCUUUGACUAUCCUGGAGAAUAUGGAGAAAAGGGCAUUCCUGGAUACCCCGGGAGCAGAGGGGCUCCAGGGUUUAACGGACCGCCCGGUGUUCCAGGACUGCAGGGACCCAAAGGACGUCCAGGCACCCCAGGCUCAUCGGGCUACCCAGGAUUCAAGGGAGACCAGGGAGACCCCGGACCCCCAGGACCUAGCUCUUUUGUUAAUGGGGGUUAUGCUAUUCAAGGACCUCCAGGGGACUCGGGUUUACGUGGCUUUCCAGGACCCCGGGGUGACCAGGGACGUCAAGGCUUUCCAGGACCUCCCGGCCAACCAGGACCUGAUCGUUUUGGUCCAGGUCUUCGAGGUCCUCCUGGGCCCAAAGGUGUAAAAGGAGAAGUGGGUGACCCCGGCUUACGGCCCACUGGUUUUGAAGGUUUCCCAGGACUCCCUGGGCCCCCAGGUCCCAGUGGCCUUCCUGGACCUCAAGGCCCUCCAGGCACAAACGCUGAGCCCUGCUACAUCUAUCCUGAUACAGGUGACUCUGAAGGUCUACCAACUGCUCCCCCUGGAGGCCCCGGGCCGCCUGGUCCCACAGGAUUUCCAGGAAACAUUGGUGCCAAAGGGUUUAGAGGCGACCCUGGUGACUGCAGAUGUUCUGGAGGAGACUUCUCGGGGUUAGAUGGACCACCUGGACGUCCAGGAACCAAUGGCAGUCCUGGCCUGCCUGGGGUGAAGGGUUUUCUUGGAGACCCCGGUUCACUAGGCUUCAGUGGUCGUCCAGGACCUAGUGGUCCUCCUGGUCAGCGGGGCUUCCCCGGGCGUAAGGGAGAGAAGGGGGCUCCAUAUUACCCCACCCUAAAUCUGGGGUUGAAGGGAGUCAUAGGAGAUCCUGGACCCAGAGGACCUACAGGUGAAACAGGAAAUCCUGGAAGAGACGGGCUGCCUGGCUUCCCUGGAUUUCCUGGACCCCCAGGUGAUGCAGGCAUCGGCUCAAGGGGAGAAAAAGGAUUUCAAGGGUUUCCAGGUUCUAAGGGACGUCCUGGAGGCCCUGGUGAGCCGGGCAUUGGCUAUGAUGGAGCACCCGGCUUGCGUGGAGACCCUGGAGAACCCGGUAUACCUGGUUCUCCAGGUAUACCGGGUUCACCUGGAGAGAAAGGACAAACUCUGGCUUGCGUAUUUACGGGUGAGGCAGGAGACCCAGGCGAUUCCGGUUUCCUUGGACAACCAGGUCUUAAAGGUAAACCAGGGCUGCAAGGGCCCUCUGGACGUCCAGGGUUUGAUGGCCCAAAGGAGAAAGAGGAGACCCCGGCACCGGAGGCGUGCGUGGACCUGAAGGUUUCACUGGACCCAGAGGGGACCCUGGUAUUCCAGGUAUCCCAGGGCAGAGUUUUGAUGGGCCAGGGAACGGUUUACCAGGAAUUCCUGGAGACAAGGGCCAGCCGGGAACACCUGGAGGACCUGGAAUGCCUGGUGGGGUUGAUGGACGUCCUGGUGCUCCUGGUCGGAAAGGAGAACGCGGAGUUAACGGUUUUCCUGGUAAUCCUGGCCUUCCUGGGCUUCCAGUCAUCAUCUCCAUCCAUCCUCUCAUCCCUCCAUCCUUUUUUUGUUGGUGUUGGGUCACUCGUUAUAGGCUGCCCAGGUUUCCCUGGUCGGAAAGGAGAAAGAGGAGAACCAGGUUUCCCAGGACCUGCUGGGAUGAAAGGAACUCCCGGACGACCUGGUGCUACUGGGUUACCAGGAACAAGGGGACGCCCCGGUUUACCAGGACCAGGGACUAUAGAUGGAAUUCCAGGAACGCCAGGAAGAAAGGGUGACAGAGGCAUCCAAGGAAUGAUGGGCUUCCCUGGAUUUGCAGGACCUCCUGGCAGUUCAGGAUUUCCCGGAGUGAAAGGACAGCCUGGAGUGCCUGGAGCAAAUGGACGCCCUGGGUCGCCUGGAUUCUUUGGAACUAAAGGUGACAGAGGAUUACCUGGUCCACCCGGAUUUCCUGGUAGACCUUUUCAGCUGAGUGACAAGGGUCAGCCAGGAGCUCCAGGUCGUCCAGGACGACCUGGAGCUCCUGGUUUCCCUGAUCUGAGUAAAGGGCUGCCGGGAGAACCUGGCCUUUCUGGGGAAACAGGACUUCCAGGCUUCUCUGGACAAAAAGGAGAAUCUGGAAUUAUGGGAUUCCCUGGCACUGUGGGACCAAAAGUUUAUCUGGAAGGCCUGGAGAAGUUGGUCGGCCUGGUGCCAAAGGACUACCUGGAGAAACUUUUGGUUAUCCUGGAGCACCAGGACUUAAAGGCCGACAAGGAGAUUCAGGGAUCCCAGGUAAGACUCACCUUACUCGGUUACGGCGACCAAGGGAAAGUUGGUGAACCUGGCGAUAAUGGAUUUUCAGGAAAUCCAGGUUUCCUCGGACAGAAGGGGAUUCCUGGUGAACAGGGACGGCUCUCCUGGUUUCCCUGGACCAAAAGGUCAGCCUGGAUUGCCAGGAAUAGGAGGGGGCCUGAUGGGCUUCCUGGUCGGCCUGGAUUCCUUGGAAAUCGUGGGUUUAAAGGUUUUCCCGGACCACCUGGUUUGGAUGGCCUUAAUGGCCUAGCAGGACCUAAAGGCCUGCCUGGAAACCCAGGUGCAAUUCUGGGAGGUAGCCCUGGCCUUUCUGGUAGUCCAGGGUUGAAGGGAGAAAGAGGUGUUUCCCAACCCGGUGUUCCAGGGUAUCCCGGCCAAAAAGGACAAAGAGGAGAACCAGGUCCUUUUGGAUUGAAAGGGAGCCCGGGUAUCCCUGGACCUCCUGGACCCAGAUCAAUAGAAAGCUUUCCUGGACCUACAGGAGAUGCAGGUCUCCCUGGACUGGAUGGACAGUAUGGUGUCCAAGGUCCUCCAGGUCUUCCCGGCCCACCUGGUCCAGGCACAGCUCAGGGAGACAGAGGUGACCCUGGUCUGCCAGGCUUCCCAGGGAACCCUGGUACAAAGGGUGAACCAGGAUUACCUGGAGGUCCUGCAUUCCCUGGCAGACCUGGUUUAAAAGGACAAAAGGGUGAUGGUGGUUUUGCUGGAAUUCCUGGUGUCCAGGGUUUUAGAGGUGACUCUGGUUUUCCUGGAAGCAAAGGAAUGGCAGGAAUUAGAGGGUUUCCAGGUCCAAAAGGUUUGCCUGGAGUCAUAUUUCCAGCUUCACUGCCAAAUGGGCCAUAUCCACAAGGUGAUCCAGGUUUCCCUGGUGAAAGAGGAAGCCCUGGUAACCCUGGAGAGCCUGGUCAGUCUGGUUUUCCUGGGCGUAAAGGUACUGUGGGGAACCCUGGUCCAUCGGGUAGACUGGGCAGGACUGGAGUUCCUGGUUUUCAAGGACCUCUUGGGGAUCCCGGACCUCCUGGUUUUCCUGGAUCCCCAGGAGCACAAGGGUUUCCUGGUACAAUUGGCCCUCGCGGCAUUCCCGGCAGCGUCGGCCGCAGCCACAGCAUCGGCUACACUCUGGUUAAGCACAGCCAGAGCACCCAGGUUCCCAUGUGUCCUCAAGGCAUGGCCAAACUGUGGGAGGGCUACAGUCUGCUGUAUGUAGAGGGACAGGAGAAGGCACACAACCAAGACCUCGGUCAGCCGGGGUCGUGUCUCCCCAGGUUCAACACGAUCCCCUUCCUCUACUGCUCGCCCAGCGAGAUUUGCUACUACGCUAGCCGCAAUGAUAAAUCCUACUGGCUCUCCACGACCGCAUCCAUACCCAUGAUGCCCGUGGAAAAGGAGGAGAUAAGACCUUACAUCAGCAGGUGUUCAGUAUGUGAGGCUCCAUCUCAGGCAGUGGCGGUCCACAGUCAGGAUAUGACAAUCCCCAACUGUCCUAUCGGCUGGAGGAGUCUCUGGAUAGGAUACUCCUUCCUAAUGCACACAGCAGCUGGUGCAGAGGGCGGCGGUCAGUCCUUGGUGUCUCCUGGUUCCUGUCUGGAGGACUUCCGGGCGACUCCGUUCAUCGAGUGCAACGGCGCCAGGGGCACCUGCCACUACUUUGCCAAUAAAUACAGCUUCUGGCUGACAACCGUGGAUCCAGAAAAUGAGUUUACCUUCUCGCCAGCCAAGGAGACGCUGAAGGGAGGCCAGGAGCGCUCCAGAGUCAGCCGCUGCCAAGUGUGCAGCAAGAUCUUGUAGUAGGCAAAGGUGAAAGAUGGAGGAGUGAGGCGGGGAAACAUCAGGAGGGGAUUCACUAACAUUUCAAGAAUUUAUGAUGGAGGAUGAGAUGGAUUUAAAAAAGAACACGUGACUGACUGAAUGGACCUUUCUCCUGUGCUGUGAUGGUUUCAGAAUCGAGUCGAGCAACAUCGGCCCCAUUUUGAGAGUUUUUUAAUCCCCUGUAGGAAUGAACGGCUUUUAAAAAAAGAAGAAGAAGCUGGAGGUAGGAGGAGGAAAGAGAAGAGUCCCAGUGUGAGCGAUCUUCUCGAGAUUAUCACUGAUAAUGGUGCUAUUGUUUAUGUAUGUGUUUAUUACGUGUCAGCUUUCUUGUGACAGAUGUCAGCGAGAAUCAUUCUCGGCUACCUCGGAGAGUGCCCCCACCCCCAUUUAGCAAACAACUGCCCCGCACACACGUUAAGCACCCAAUUUAAAGGUUAUCAGCUCAGGAAGUUGGUCGUUAUUGGUUCUUGUCGCUCCCAUAGAUACUGACAGCAGGCAGAAAGUCUCUACACCAACUCUGACGUCUGACUGUCAUAUCUAUGGGACAGACAAGCCUACAAAUGCUUUUCAAUGGGCUGAUCACGUUCGAAGUGGGUACAUAAGAGCUUAAUGUGAGAUGAGAGUAAAAUUACAGAUUGCUGGUUGAUUUUAAGGUUUUAAAGCGAGUUUGCAUUAUCUUAUUGGGCUGAUCUGAGCAAAGCAGAUAUAAAGCUUCAUUGAAAUCCCAUCUUUGGGAAGAUGAAACCUGUUUUCUUCAUAAACUUUUUAUUCUACGGCAGUUUAGCAUCACGAAGGUGCCCACUGUAAACACACUGGGGAUUUUUUCAUGUGUUGCAUCAAUACCUGCAGUAUAUUUGAUGUCGGCCACUUCAUUAUUGGUUUGAAAAUCAACUUGCCAAGACAUGUGACUUGCUUGAGGUAAAAAUGGCGUUGAAGCUAUCCUUUGUUUUUAAGUUUUUGUGAUAUUUGGAUUAUUUUUUGGUGCCUUACAAUCGGACGUGUGAAUUAAAGGAGUUUUAGCUUCAUGUAAAGAUUAAAAAAAUCUGUGGAAAACUAUAACUCAUUAGCAAAUUAUUUUUUGCAUAAACAAAAAAAGACUAGAAGUAUUUUUUUUAUUGGACUCCAACAAAAAAACAUAAACAAAGCAAGUUUCAUUUCUUUAAGUGCUGGUUUUCAUAUAGAAGGUGAGAAGCAUCAUCUGUUUUGGGGAACAGAAGGAACUUAGAAACAAUCUAAAGUAUUCCUAAACAUGUCAAAGUCCCAGCGUAAGCUUCACGUAAGCCUGUGUACAUUUCACAGUGGGACUCUCAGGUUGCUGCUACGUUACCGUUAGUAUGACUUUAAAGGUCAAGUCAGAUUUUUCUGUGCAACAGCUGAAAUGACAAUAGAGAGCUGUUGUUAUUGCACUGAUGUGGACACAGAUGGUUCAGAACAUCAAAGGGGCAUACAUAUCUCCACCUCCACUCUCACAGGUUUUCUCUAUGCUGCGACCAAACAAGUAUUUCUUUUGAUUAUAUCACACUUUUUAAGGCUGCCAUUCGCUUGCAUUUUGCAAAAAGACACAAAACACACGCUCUCUGAUAGAUGAAUUAUUGCUGUACAUAGUGCUUACUGUAUUUUUCAGCAAAUCAUGUUAGCGCAAAGGUCUAUGAUGUUGUUACUCGGUUAUUUUCUUUUGUUUUUGUGUCCUCGGACAGGUAAGAAGGUGGCAAAAGGACAAUUCUGUGCCUUUAAAUAUAGAUUUUGCAAAAACAAAUACAAAAAACACACAAAAAAUUUGAAAUUGUAUCUGUUUUUGCAUUAAAUUUGGUUUUCCUCUGAGUCAAACAGGUUCAUCUGUGCUUGGACAGUGGAAGCUACAGCAUGACUUGUAACCACUACGACCUCUAGCACGUCUCUCUCUGCUGGUAGCCCUGACUUUAACGCUGUGCCACAUAGUACAUUUGUGUCUGUAUUGCUUUUUUUUGUAAUCUAGAUUUGUAAUUAUUGAGUCGUGACACUAUCCCCUGGUUUUAUUUACUGAGAAGUGAGGGAAUGGGAAGGUAAUGAUGUGUACAUUAAAUUUUAUGGAAAGGAAAACAUGCCUGUGUUUUUAUAUGGGAGCUAUAUUCACCGCUGAUGAUUAGGAUGCUAACAGCACACUUUAUUGCCAGUUUGGCUCUGAACGUGCGGUGAAGUCCAAAUGGAGAAACAUGCUUUAAGAUCCCUGAGUGACAGAAAAGAAAUGCAGUUUUCCUCAAAGAGGAUCCAUAACAAAUCA